CAGGCUUGGAAGUGUGACCGCAGUUGUCAGCUCGUCCGGAGAGGCGUCGCGAUGGAGCCCCGGGCGCGCGCUGUCCUGGCGGUGUUGCUGCUGCUCGCGGCGCAGGUGACCAUGGCAACCGGGGAGACCCGGUGUAACCCGGGCGAGUAUGAGAUUACCAGCCUUCGCCGCUGCAGCAAACUCUGCCCGGCUGGCUACUACGUCAGCAAAUACAUAGACCAGGACCACAGCGUUGGAGAAUGCAGGAAGUGCGAGUCUGGAACCUUCCGGGCCCACCCCAGUGAGGAGAGCAGCUGCAUGCCGUGUUCCCAGUGCCGGGAGGCAGAUCAGGAGGUGGUGACUGAAUGCUUCCCAACUAGCGACCGGCUAUGCCAGUGCAAGCACGGCAGCUUCUACUGCGACUCCAUGGACUGCACAGAGAGCUGCUUCCGGUGCAAAAGGUGUGAAGACAGCACCAUCCUUCAACCCUGCAACGCCACAAGGGAUACAGUUUGUGCCGUUAAAAUUCAUCCAGAGGCUGGAGGUUCAGUGUAUGUUUUCCCAACGCGGGUGUGGAUCCUCCCUGCUGUGAUUGUGGGGAUUGCGGUGAUUGUGGGCCUUUCCAUCGCCGCGGCCAUCAUCACUCGCCGCUAUAGAAGAAGAGAAAAUCCAAAGGAGCCAGGCAGCCCUUCGCCUAGAAGCAGCCAGCCCAAGGAGAUGCAGAUGCCCAUGGACCUUGAGAGGGGCCAACCAGCCCCUGGUGUGGAGACCAGGUCGAUGUUGGAGGUAGAGGACUCAGCCCUGGAGCCCGAGGCCAGGACUCACCCAGGACCCUCCAAGGACGCUGGGGAAAUCCUUGGGCUACAGGAGCUGGGGGCCAAAGGAAGUCCAGCAGCCCCAGAGCAGACACUACAACAGACUCAAGCUCCCGAGGCCCUCAGGCCCCCAGGCCAAGCAGAGGUGCGGAGGAAUGGGCUAGGGAGGGACAUUUCUGUAUUUAACUCAUGGCUGCCCUCCAUAACACGGAGCUACAGAUAUGUUCGCAAAUUAUAAACAAAUUGCUUGCAGAAGGUAUCUUAGGUAGGCAUGCAGAGAGCUCCCAAUAAACUCUUUUCUGACACAGGGCUGUUACUUUACGCAGUGUCCUGGGUGGGUAGGGUCUGAGCUUCUUUUUUUUUCUUUGCGGUACGUGGGUCUCUCCCGUUGUGGAGUACAGGCUCCGGACGCGCAGGCCCAGCGGCCAUGGC